AUGCAGCGGAAGUACGACAUCGUGCUCCUUGGAGCAACAGGCUUCACGGGAGGCCUUAUAGUAGAAUACAUGGCCGCCACAUUUCCAGCAUCCUUGCGAUGGGCGAUUGCGGCCCGGAAUAAAGCAAAGCUCGAAGCACUGGCCAGGGAAUUCAAAGUAGAAGCUACAGGAGGAUCCAUUAUCGUCCUGGAUGUGAACUCUGAAGCAGAGAUCCAGAAUCUUGUGAAGUCAACACGAGUCAUCAUCAACGUUAUUGGUCCAUAUCCAACAACUUGUGGACCUGUAGUGUUCAAAGCAUGUGCUGAAAAUGGCACUGACUAUGUCGACUGCAGCGCGGAUAUGCCCUGGGUACAGGAUAUGAUUAGAGGACACCACAAAUCAGCUCAAGUUUCGGGUGCAAAAAUGAUUGUCACUUGUGGCUUGGACGCUGUGCCGCCUGAUCUAACAACAUAUCUCGCCGUAUCCCACAUUCGCAAAUCCUUCAACACGCCGACACGCGAAGUCAUUGUUUCAUUACAAGAGAUGAGAGGCACCAUCAGCAGCGGCACUAUCAACUCAAUGGCCUCUGUUUACACGUUAUAUGAACCGGGCCGCUACGCAGAGGCGACCGCGCCGUUUGCAAUCUCUCCUCGUAAACCUACAAGCGAGAAGGCAAAGACUAGCCUUUUCCCAGGCUCUGGUUUCUUUGGAACACAGACUUUGGAUAGCCUCGGCCGUGUAGUAGCAAAAGAGGGACAAGGGAACGACACGGCUAUUGUGGGACGAAGCUGGGAUUUAUAUGCACCAGACGAUUCUAACACCACCACCGGCGGAUAUGGGCCUAAUUUUCACUUUUCUGCGCGACCUCGAAUACCCAGCACUGUGCGCGAUUUCAUCCGUGUUCUGCCUCUUAUCAGUGUCGGGUUUUUACUGAGCUUCUCUUUUACAAGAUUUAUCCUCACUCGAUUUAUCUACCCAGAGGGUUACAGUCCAGACCCCAAACGGCUCAAGGACCACAGGUUCAGCCAUCGAACACUGGCGGUGGCUGAUACUGGAGACGAGUCGACGACGAAGAGAGCUAUGGUGGACUUCAAGUUUCAAGGUGAUCAGUAUAAGUUUACUGGCAUCGCAAUGGUAGAGGCUGCUGUGACCCUUCUUCAGGGCGGGACAGAGGCGCACCGGCUAGGCGGCGGUGUUAUGACGCCCGCGAUGCUUGGGGAUAAAUAUGCCGAAAAUUUGCAGCGCCCAGGAUCAGGCGUGGAAAUUUCGAUUAGAGCAGAGGGCUGGUAA